AGUCUGCUGACAAGCACAGUGCAGCAGCACCCACUACCACCAGCACACCGCACGCUUCGACUCCCCGCCUGCCGUCCUCUCCACCACUCGCCUCUGUCCUCAUCACCUCGGUCGACGUUCAUGCCUCUCGACGCCUCCCUCAACUGCGAUGCCGGCGAGUCGUUCGCCCAGUACACUAUCGGAGACGACGAGAACCUGUUCCCGCUCGUGUCACUCGUCAACGCCGCCUGCGGCUUCCAUGGGUCCGACUUUGACGUGAUGGCCAAGACGGUCGCCCUCGCUCGGCAGCACGGCGUCGCAUGUGGCGCCCAUCCCUCGCUCCCCGAUCAGCAGGGCUUCGGUCGCCGGGUCAUGCACCUUCCGCCCGACUCGUACCGGAAUUGCCUCCUGUACCAGGUCGCCGCGCUCGUCGGCUUCCUCAAGGUCGAGGGUCUCCCGCUGUCGCACAUCAAGCCGCACGGCCAGGCGUACGUCAUGGCGGCCCGCGACCUCGACCUGGCGCAGCAGAUUGCCAAGGUCGCCAAGCUGUACGGCGUCCCGGUGCUCGGCCUACCCGGCACGGCCCACCAGAGGCCUGCGAGCUCGAAGGCGCCGAGUUCAUCCCCGAAUGGUCCGUACGUCGACGUGCUGUACUCGGACGAGGGCAACCUUCUCGCACCACGCUCGGCCGCCCUGCGCGACCCUGUCACCCCCGACGACGUGUACAAGCGAGCGCGCCGCCUCAUCGAGACCGGCACCUGGACGUCCAAGUCGGGCGAGAAGGAGCUCAGCUUCCCCGAGGGCACGACCAAGGUGUCGAUCUGCGUCCACGGCGACUUUCCCGGCGCAGUCGACGUCGCAGGAGCGGUGCGACGAGCGAUCGACGACGUCAAGAAGGGCGUCGUGCAGGCGGCCUGACCGGGCCAUGCGGCCGCACUUGUACUCGUACUUCUUCCCUCGGCCCUGCGUAACGAGCCCCUGCUGCAAGCCAGACCUAUUUAUCGGCG